UUAAUCACACUUUUUUUUAGGUAAAAUGACAAUACGAAAAAGAAAUAUUUCUUUAGAAAAAGACAACAUUGGUAGCGUGCCAUGUCAAAGUCUCAAAGUGAACUCAUGGAUUGCUUUACUGUUGAGGAACAAAUUUUUGAUUGCAUUAAUAAUUCGUUUGUCUUCAGUGUUUUUAACUAAGACAUUCUUCGUUCCUGACGAGUAUUGGCAAAGUACAGAGAUAGCUCAUCGAAAAGUUUUUGGAUAUGGAUACGUUACCUGGGAAUGGAAAGAGAAAAUCAGAUCAUAUUUGCAUCCAUUUGUUUUCGAACUUUAUUUUCACAUGUUGAAAUCUUGCCAGUUGGACACCACAAAUGCUGUAGUUUUUGGUCCACAUAUCUUGCAAGCUUUUCUUACAGCAAUAUGUGACGUCUCUGUUUAUUACCUUUGCUUGAAAAUAUACAACAAUACUAACAUAGCUACUAUUUCAUUUACUCUGCAACUUUCUUCUUGGUUUGUUUAUUACACAGGUUCAAGAACAUUAUCCAACACAGCUGAAAUGUGUUUUGCUUGUAUUGGCUUGUCGUUUUUCCCUUUUUUUCGGGCCAGUGAAUACGAUAGUGAUAGGAAACAGAGGGGAAAUAAUUUAUGUCUUGCUUUACUAUUUGGUGGUAUUGCAUGUAUUAUAAGACCCACCUCACUGAUUAUUUUUGGUGUUUUAUUUUUAUCAGCAUUAAACAGAGGAGGUUUUAUCUCCAAUUUCAUCGCUUCAGGUGUUAAAGUUUUUCCUUGUUUACUGGUGUUGUCGUUUGGUGUGGAUUUUUAUUACAAUCAAGAAUUUUGUCUUGUGCAUUGGAAUUUUUUUAAGUUUAAUGUCUUUCAAAAUUUAAGUGGUUUUUAUGGAGUACAUUCUUUUCAUUGGUAUUUAACACAAGGUCUGCCAGUUGUUUUGUUUGUUCACAUUAUUUUCGUUGUAUGUGGGUUUUGUUAUGGUAAGAAGAAUAGUGUUAUCAGCCUGAUCACCGUGUUAUACGUUGUAAUUCACAGUUUGAUUGAACACAAAGAGUUUCGUUUUCUUCUACCAAUUGUUCCAUUAAUUAUGUGUAUUGCUGGUCCUGGGUUGCAAGAACUUUCUAAGUCGUUUAAAUGUAAACAAACCACAUUAUUGCUGAUUACAUUGCUCAUGAAUAUCUUUCCAGUGACUUACUUCUCUGUCAUCCAUCAAAAAGGUGUCUUGGAUGUUGUAAAAUACUUGCGACAUGAGAUAGAAACAGGAAAGGACAUUGAUGUUCUAUAUUUGAUGCCAUGCCAUUCAACACCAUACUAUAGUUAUAUUCACUGCAACAUUUCAAUGAAAUUUCUGACAUGUCAACCAAACCAAACAAACGGAUAUAUAGAAGAAGCCAAAAAAUUUUAUGCGAACCCUUCAGAGUGGUUAGAAAUGGAGGUCGUGAAUAAUAAGCUAUACAAUCCCACUCAUGUAGUAGCGUUUGAUGUAUUAGCACAGAAUGCAAAAGACGUUUUGGCAUUGUCAGGGUAUUUUAAAGAGAUCACUUUUUUUCAUAGUCACUUUCCAGAGGGACGUGUUGGGCAGUACGUAGAUGUUUACCAAAAACAAGAUGUAACUUAAUAUUUUCCUGUGUUCAUUGUCGGGCCCACCUAUUUUCAGACUCUACCUUGGGCAAUAAUACAAUGGCUGUUCUGCUGCUUAUUAUUAUAUACUUUUUAAUAUAAUAUUUAAUAUUUUAAAUCAUGAAAGCGAAACAGAUUAGUACUCAAAGUUUAAAAAA